AUGCUAAUCAUUUUUACAACUCUUCUCUAUUUAUCUGAAGCACUUGAAAUACUAUGCAAUACAUCUAAAUGCCCUAAAAGCAUCGUAAUAUCGAUUUAGCGAGGUGAUGGGAACUGCAAUCCAGGCUGCUAUACACUCCCAUGCAAAUAUGACACUGGAGCUGAGGAUGGUGAUUAUUAUUCACUUUGAAACUCAGACUGCUUAUGAGAUUGCAUCCUUAAGACAGAUUGCCCUUCUUUUUAUUUGAAGAAUGGAGCAUGUGAUGAUGUAUGCAACAAUGAAUAUUGUGGGUAUGAUUGGGGUGAUUGUAGCUAUUGCGGGCCUUCAUGUAAAUAAAAUUUAGGUGCUAAAGACCAAUUAGGAGGGACUUGUGACGAAGGCUGUAAUAUCCCUGAGUGCUAUUAUGAUAUGGGAGCUUGCAAAGAAUGCUCUGCUGGGUGCAAUUCUGGAAAUUUAGGAAAUGGAAUAUGUGAUGAUGAAUGUAACACUGCGGAUUGCAACUUUGAUAUGGGAGAUUGCGUAAAUAAAACUUGUGCAACUAAUUGCAAGACUUGGAUGGUGGGAAAUUCCGUUUGUGAUGAAGCUUGCUAUGUUGAAGAAUGCGAAUAUGAUAAAACUGACUGCACAUGUGCACCUUUUUGCUACGAAACUAUGCUAGGCGAUGGUGUAUGCAAUGAUGAGUGUAAUAAUUUGAACUGCAAAUAUGAUAAUGGAGACUGUGGGUAUUGCUCUUCAGGAUGCACAAUUAAAAUGCUAGCAAAUAGCGUAUGUGACUCUAAUUGUAACACAAAAGAUUGUGAAUGAGAUUACUAUACUUGCGGGUGUGCUGAUGGGUGCAGUGUUAGUGAUUAUGGAAAUUGCAAACCUGAAUGUUUAGUUGGAACCUGCAACUAUGACAGGAUGGGUUCAGAUUCUUCAAAGUGGUGCAAUAAUCAAAAUUUAGUGCUAUUUACGAUUUAUCAGCAGAUGAUAAAAAACGAUCCAAGUUAUGUUGUUUCUGCUGAUCAAUGCUAUUCUGCAUCUAAUAAUCAAUGCACUCUAGAAAAGGCACUUGACACUGCAACUUGCCAUCAAGAGUGCUUUAUAUCUGAAUGCAACUAUGGUUUAUGUGGCACUUCUUCUUAUAGCACUUGCACUAGCACUCUUCCCAGCUCUGCUUCUAAUCUCUGUGAAUUCUGUACAACCAGUUAUUCACUCUUCCCAUCGUGAGUGAACAAAACCAUUAGAAAAAUUUCUAUUUUUGCCUAAAAGCCCGCCCUCUGUGAGUAAAUAAAAUAUUUUGAAAAAAAUUUAUAUAAGUGAUAGUUAUUAUUAUGAAAUCUCUAGCUAAUUCAGUUUAAUUUUAAACAAAUUGCAUAUUGCAAAAUAAUAUAAUAAAAAAUAAUUGUAUCAUAAAAUUUUAUUAUAAAAUUUAAAAAUAAAUUCACCCCCUCCAUCACAAACAAAAUUUUUUUUUGUUACUUAAGAGGGUGGAGUCAGGCUUAGGAACAUCUUGCUCUCAAUGCUCCAGUUCUUGCAAUUAUUUAUUUUUAUACGGCCUUUCUCUAUCAAUUAGCAAAAUUUCAACAAAUUUUCCUCAUCUUUCUAUUUACUACGCAACAUCUCAUAUGAAUGGCUAUUCUCCUUCAGGUGAUGGAAGCUAUAAUAACCCUUACCAAACCUUAGACUAUGCAUUGCAGACAGUAACAACCACUCAAAAUGUGCUUUUUUUAAUCAAUGAUGGCAAUUAUACUCUCAGCUGGGGUGGCUGGUGGCCUUACUCAACCUAUCAAAAAAAUCAAUGGUGAAGAGUCUUACCUUUAGACAGCAGCCAUAUUUUUGUAAAAAUUGACUCAAUGUGAAUUAAUAGUUUACAAAUUUUUGGGAAAUUUGAAUGAGAUAACAUUAUUUUUGAUGGUUAUAGCAGAUAUCCAUGCCAUAACUCAGAAUAUUGCAGUUAUUGUCCAUAUAUGACUUAUAAUGCGAGUGAUUUGUAUUAUUAUAACGACAGAGGCGAAAGAUUCUCCGAAGAUGAUAAAAGCUGAUGGUGCGAAUCUAUGGCUAGUUCGUAUAACUGAUUACCAGUUUUUGCUCCAAUUCGAUGCGGAGACUGUAGUGGAUAUUACAGCUAUUGUGAUCCUUGCCAGAUUACAUUCAGGAAUGCAAAAUUCCUUAAUUUUCGUAGCCAGUAUAACUGCAUUUUAGGUGGGCCUGGAAUUUUAAGGCUGUUUAAUGUGGAUUUUGAUAACAUUUGGCUUAAAACAGCAGAAAAUUCUGCAGUGAUUUCAAUGCCCCAUAACAGCUAUUUCAAUUCAAAAUUAAUAUAUGUAAAAGGAUCAGUGACAAGAUUAAAUAAUGGCUAUGAGUUUGGAGACCCUGUAGACUUCAGAGGGUUUCUAUAUUAUCAGAAUUCGGAAUCUGUAUAUAUAAAAGAUGUAGAAUUCAAAUAUAAUUUAGUCUAUCGAUCUCCAGAUAGUACGCUGACUCAGGCUUCAUUAUUUUAUGUAUCCAAUGUAAACUUUUUUGAAAUCAAUAGCUGCACUUUUAUGUACAAUUAUUGUGAAGACGGGCUAUUUAAUUUGCCUUUAGAUAUUUCAAAAUACCCUGGAUCUGUAAAUGAGACAAAUUAUUUAUCGUAUUUAUUUAAAGAUCACGUAUAUAUUCAUGACUCCACAUUUAUUUCAAACUAUGGGAACUCUUCUUUCAUCAACAUUGAUUUUUCUAACUACCUUCUGAAUGUUAGAAUAGAAAAUUCAAAUUUUGAACUGAAUGGCGUUGAGUCUGAGUCCCUAAUAAAGAUAAAAAACGCUCAGAUGCUAGAUGAGUAUAAAACUGAGACUACACAAAGCGUUUAUUCUGGUGGGCACACAGUCGAGAUCAUUUAUGGGCCAAGGUACUGUAAAUUAAAUGAUUUAACAUUUGAACAUAACUAUGGAAAUGGCAUGAUUGAUACGACGAGCAUGACUAAUUAUGAACUAAAAAAUUUAAUUAUUGAUUCCAAUGGAUCACCUGAUGGAUAUGAUAAUUUCAAUACAAUUCUUCUUGAUUUUUUUAUACAAAAUAGAGAUGAAAAUAAUUUAUAUAUUAUUGUAAGCAUUUUCUGAAAAUUUUAGUAUAUACCAAUAUAUUUAGCAUCAUAAAUCCCAUUAAAGUAUUAUAUCAGUGUCUUAAAUGGUUUUAUAUAUUUUAAGACUUAGGAAAAUAUUUGCAUUAAUUAUAUAUUUCAAGAAAUGUUAAUAAUCCAGCAACAAUUGACUGUGAGUUUAUGGUUUUGGUAGAAAGCUCAUAUAGCAUUGAUAUUUCUCCAGUAACCCUAUCAAAUAAUUUCUGCAGGAAUUCUUCGCCUACAUUUAAAAUUUUAGAAUCAGACACUCACGAAAUGGUCUCAAUUAAUUGCACUUUACAAAUUGCUAACACUCAGCAGCCUCCUUGCUUUAUUUUUUCAGGCAAUUUUGAUCGAUCUUUUACCAAUUCAACAUUUUCCAACAACAUAUAUAGCAAUGAAGGAAAUGGAACGAUAGUGAUUCAAGACUAUGCAAAUCUAUCAAUAAAUAACUGCGAUUUUAUAAAUAAUACAGCUGAUAAUGGGGCUGCAAUUUAUGCUUAUGGAAAAGAUAUGACAAUUUCCUCAUCAAAUUUUGACUCAAAUUUAUCUCCAAAUGGAUAUGGAGGGGCAAUAUAUAACUUAAUGGCUGGUGACAAUGAAGGGUUAUUAGGGUUUUCUGAGUGCACAUUCAAUAACAAUUCAGCAUUAAUUGGUGGAAGCGUUUAUUUGGCACAGCAAGAGUCAUCAGCAAGUACAAGAAUCUUAAUCGAUAGCUCUAAUUUUACAAUAAAUAAGGCUUCGAAUGGUUCAGCAUUAUAUAUUGAUGGUAGUGUUACUCUAGGACAAGACUCUAUGAUCGCAUCUUCAAUUUUUCAAGAAAAUGAUUCAACAAUGUCUAGCACAAUUCUUCAAUUCUGCAAUAAGGGGUCAAUUACUUAUUAUUUAUGCGGCUUUCUAGGCAAUUCAGCAGAAUUAAAUUCAGUUAUUCACAUGAAUGCUUCAGAAUCAAAGGUCUCUUUUGAUUCAUGCACUUUUAAACAUAACUUAGGAAGCUCUGUUAUACUUGCAGAUAAUCAAAAGAGCAUUACUUAUAUUGAAACUAAAAAAUGGAUAAUAAUAAAAAAAUGACUCAGUGCGGAAUUAGUUCUCUCCGAGAACUAUUCGUUCCUUCGCUUUUAUUAUUAUAGGCUCAGCUUUCCACGUGGGCCUUUAUCCGCAACGCCAAUAUCGAAUACCGCAUAGGGUAUUUCUUUGGUCCAGGAUAUUAGGAGCACCUGGUUUUGCUGCUUGACACACCCAAGGAGAGUGACCCUUAGGCGGAACACGCGCCGGAGUCAAGUUCGGGCGAGGCCAACGAGGCCAGUGCCGACCUUCUGGCCUGACAAAUGAAGUCUUCUGGAAUGCCUAGAUAUAGGGAGGAUCGCUGCUGACGUCACUAGUUGGGAUUUAAAAGGGUGGGCUAUGCAUGCCUAAAUCACCCUGCGGAAGAGGGAAGACACUUUAAACACCUAACUCCCCCCCCAUCCUUGAUCGAACGAUUGACUGUAAAAAUUCCUAAAAUUGGGGAAAUUAACCCCCAUCCUUGAUCGAACGAUUUUCAUAAUAGUUAUCAAAAGCUUGGGAAGAUGUACCUAAUGAAGUUGUUUUCAGAGACUUUGAGACGAUAGAAAGCUUCGGAAUCAACUAUUCAAAGUAAUUUAGUCAUCAACAUGGGCUUAAAAACUCAAUAAUCUAAUAAAAUAGAGAUUUUUUAAAAUUUUUUAAAAAAACAAAUUUUAAUUUAAUAAGUAACAAAUUAAAAUUUAUACAGUUUAAAGGGGUAACUAAUAAAUUAAAAUAUAAAAAAUUGGUAUUUUUAUGAAAUUAAUUCAAUUUUUUGCUGUAAAAAUAAUUAUUAAAUACUCUUAAACCCUCUUAUUUAAAAGUAAAUAAAAAAAAAUUUAUAUAUAUAUUUUAUUUUAUAUAUAUAAAUUUUUUUUCCCAAAAAAAAUGUUUUUUAACCCCCAUCCUUGAUCGAACGAUGGCGAGUCGUUCGAUCAAGGAUGGGGGGGGAGUAAGUAAGUAAGUAAGUAAGUAAGUAAGUAAGUAAGUAAGUAAGUAAGUAAGUAAGUAAGUAAGUAAGUAAGUAAGUAAGUAAGUAAGUAAGUAAGUAAGUAAGUAAGUAAGUAAGUAAGUAAGUAAGUAAGUAAGAAACUAAAAAAUGUUUAUUUCAAGACAACAGUGGAAUUAUAGUUUCAUUAAACAAUGAUCAGCUUGUUGACGAGGGCUCAAGUUUCCAGUCCAAUAAAGUAUCUGAUGGGCCAUGCUUUCACUUGCAAAAUUCUGCGGUGAUUUCAAAAUCAAGCACCUAUUCUGAUAAUAUUAGCCUUAAAAAUGGAGGAAUUUUUACAUUGGAAAAUAAUUCUUCAUUUUCUUGCAGCGCUUGCGAUUUUAAAAAUAAUGAGGCUCAAUCAAGUGGAAUUGUCUUAUUGAAUACUAAUUGCUCAUUUUAUUGCAAUUUUUGUAAUUUUGCAAAUAAUAAAGCUCGAGCAGAAGGAAUUAUAUAUGCAAAAGAAGCUUAUCAAUUUUCUUUUUCAAAUUCAAAAUUCCUUAAUAAUUCAUGCGAAAAUGACUGUUCAAUCAUAUAUGGAUAUAACUUAAUCGAGGCCUUGUCAAUGAAUACCUGUGAAAUUCAUGAAAACAACCCAAAAAAUGGAAACACAAUUUCUUUAACUAAUUCUAAGUUGUCUAUAUCAUCAUCACAUAUAUCAAAAAAUAAAGGAGGUCUCAAACUAUCCUUUUCUGAUUUAGAAAUAUCGGGUUCAUCUUUCUCAAAUCAAAACUGUACUGAGGGAUGCUUUAUUAAUUUGUCAUCUGAUUGCAACGCUAUUAUAAAAAACUCCAAUUUUAUCAAUGCUAAUUCAACGAGCUCAGGUGGAGCUAUAUUUUCUUCAUCAAGUAGCAUUACAAUUGAAUCCUCAUCUUUUAAAAAUAUUUAUUCUCAAUCAGAAGGAAGCUCAAUUUAUUCGAAUUUUGAUAGCAUUUUGAAUAUAAAAAAUUCUGAAUUCCUUUCUUCUUAUAGCCACAAUAUGGGUGGAGUCAUUAAUGCUUACCAAACCCCUUGCUCUAUAGAAAAUUCAAUUUUCGAUAAAUAUUCACAGUCAGGGAUUUAUGGAUUUGAUUUAGAAAAACUUGAAAUUUCUGGAUCUUCAUUUAGCAAUGGAAAUGGAAUUUUAGGUGGAGCAGUCCAUUGCAAUUAUUGUAAUAAUAUCAAAAUUGGAUCAUCAAAAUUCUUAAAUAAUAGCGCAAGCUUAGGAGGGGCUUUGUAUUUUGGCACAGAUAUGGGUAAAAAAAUUGAAAAUACUCAUUUUAUUGAUGGGACUACAUUUAUUGAUAAUAAAGCUGAAAAUGGUGGAGCAGUGUUUUCAGGAGACGCAAAUUUGUAUGUGUCUUCAUCUGUUUUCUUAAAAAAUCAAGCAAUUGCAGAUGAAAUAUUAGAGGAAAAGGAAGUGGCAAAAGGAAUGGGAGGGGCUGUCAAAAUCAGCUGCCCUGAUGGCUCAAAAUGCGAUUUUGGCUUUAACUUAUGCAAUUUUACUGAAAAUGAAGCUUCUUAUAGUGGAGGGGCCAUAAGCUUUGAUGAUUGGCCUCCAGAGUUACAAAAUAACACUUAUAUAGAUAAUUAUGCACAAUAUGGGGCAAAUUAUGCUUCAUAUCCUGAGAAAUUGUUGAUGAUUAAUGAAAAUGGCUCAUUAGAUAAUCACAGAGAACUAGGUGACGAGUCAGAUGGAAGCACAAAUUUACUCGGCUUAGCUCCAGGCCAAAAGAGCUCGCAAGCAUUGCUAGUUGCAGUGGUUGACCACAUGAAUCAGAUCGUGACCACUGAUGAUUCCAGCUUUUGUGAGCUAAAAACUGAAAACUCAAGCGCUAUUAUAGAAGGAAUUACUGUGGUCAAAGCAAAUGGAGGAAUUUAUAAUUUUUCAGAUUUAACAAUAUCAGAUGUCCCUGGACAAAAGGUCAUAAUAAAGCUUUAUUCUACAGCUUUUAGCAGUAAGAAUUACAGUGAUCAAGCAAGUCAAAAUCUAUUUAUCAAUGUAAAUUUAAGAAACUGCGAAAUAGGAGAAGAAAAUUCUGGAAACAGUUGUCAAAUUUGUAAGGAUGGAUAUUAUAAUUUGGAUGCAAACAAAAGCGAAUGCCUACCUUGUCCUGAAGAAGCUGAUUGCUUGCUCCUCCAUCUGUUGAAGUGCAGCCAUUAAAAAAAAAUCCAUGAGAAAAAAAAUAUUUUUAAUGUAAUUUUAUAAAAAAUAAUAAAAUAUUACAAUAUCUCGAGCUAAUUCAUCUGUAAUUUGAACAGCCUACAUUCUAAAACAUAAUAAUUUUUGUCUAUUAAAUUAAUUUUUCCUUUCUAAUUCUGCUAAUUCGAGUUUUUUCAAAAUUAAAAAAAAAAUAAAAUAUAAACUAUGAAUGGACCAGAAUUGUUUUGCCUGCUCAGGAGGUGGAGAUAGGAAGCUUUGUUAUGGUCCCCAAAUCUAAGCACUGAAGAGACAAUAUGUAUUCAGAUAAAUUUUGGAAAUGUCCAAAUCCUUCUGCAUGCUUGGGAUCUCCAAAUCCAUCAAAUAUUUCUUAUACAGGAUGAUGCAGCCAAGGAUAUAAAGGCAACAAAUGUCAAUCAUGCGAAUCUGGCUAUUCCCACCAAAACAAUAACAAAUGUAAAAAAUGCCCAGAUUCAUCAAGCAGCAUUCUCAUAACCAUAAUAAUGAUUCUUGCCCUCCUUACUGUCGCAUUUAUUAUGUACAAAGCCUCAAUAAAAUCAUCUCUAAAGCCAAAAUCAAUAGCUUCAGUCUAUAUCAAAAUCUUCAUAAAUUACUUGCAAAUGAUAGUUAUCACCUCUACUUUUAAUCUGAACUGGCCAAGUGAAGUGUUGGAUUUAUUUUAUGUUCAAAUUUCCCUUGAUUAUAUUUAUCAGCAAAUAUUCUCAUUUGAAUGCCUAUUUAAAGAUGAUUCUCAAGAUAGUGUUUAUUUUAGGAGUCUUAUUAUGGUUGCCUUUAUUCCAGCUGUGAUGAUAGUCUUAGCAGGAAUGGUAUGGAUUAUCGUAAUUUCAGUGAAAAGCUCAGUUAAACACAUUUGGGAUAAAUAUAUAUCAAGUUGCAUUAUUUUGAUAUUUUUAGUAUACCCAAGUGUUAUAAGAAAAAUGUUUUCUGUGUUCAGAUGUACAGAAGUUAAUGCAGGAGAGUAUUGACUGGAGGAGAAUCUGGAUAUAAAAUGCUGGAAUUAUGAGCAUAAAAUGUAUGCACUUGUAGUUGCCUUGCCAGCUCUUGUUGUGUGGGGUUUAUUGCUCCCUGCUGCUUGUUUGACAGAUUUAAUAAAAAAGAAAAAUAGUUUGGACUGCCUGAAUGUAAAGAUAAGGUAUGGAUUUCUUAUGAAUUGGUAUGAGAAAAAAUAUUAUUACUGGGAAUUUAUUAUUUUAUAUAGUAAAUUAUUAUUGAUUUGCUGUUCAGUAUUUUUAACAAGCAUUGCUAUCAAGCUUCAAGCACUUAUUGCAACAAUCUUAUUAUCAGUGUACUUACAGAUACAAUUUUCUAAUAAUCCUUAUUCACAGCAAAAAUUGAAUGCCAUGGAAUUCAGAGCUAAGCUUGUGUGUGUUACUAUAAUUUAUAGUGGAUUAUUUUACUUGACUGAUUCAUUGAAUAGCGACCAAGACUUAUUUUUUUAUGCCCUCAUAAUUAUUGCUCAUAUUUUCUUUUUGAUUCAUUGCUGAAUAAAUAUACUUAAAGAAGUAUUCUUUGCAACUCAAGAAAAAAUCUUGCAGUGGAGAGGCAAAAUGAAAGUUUCUUAUGAUCAAGAGUCGUAUGAGCUGCACAAAGAAAGUUUUAGCGACAUAAAAGCCCUUCCUGAAAAAUUUAUUGGCUUAUAUCCUUCUAUUGAGCAUCAGCCUGAAAGUGAAAAUCAAGAUAUUGAUAUAAGAAGCGACUACAAUUUAAACAAUGAAGAAAAAGUAGAAAAUGAUCACAUUAUAAAAUCCUGUUAG